CGUGCAAAUAAAUAAGUGCGACCAUAAAUUCCACUCGGUUUCCAUUUCUACAAUUCCGUAUUUCCGUCUUCCUCCCUGCCUGCAUGUGGAGUGUGAACACACUCUCCACUGCACCUUCUUCCCUUCUUCCUUCCUUCCAACCCCCAGAGAACCCACCACCCUUACCCAAGGGUGGCACAGAACCGAUACCUCGUGAUUGCUCCACUUUCUGAUUCCUAUUUUCCCUUUUUUUUUUUUUCCCCUCAGAUAAUCAGUGAGUUCCAGCUUCUUAUGAGUUCGUACCAUUUUCCUGUCAUUUUUUUGGGGUUAAAAUUGGAGGAUUUUAGUAUUUCUUGGACUUCUGAGGUUUCCUCUUGCGUCAAGUUUUUUCCUUUUUUGCUAAGUUACUUUUAUUUAUUUAUUUUUGGUGUUCUGCACUAUGUAUCUUGCUUUUGUUGAGAGAAAAGAAUUACAAGGUAUAUAAUUCAGGAAUUUUUUUAGUUUUUAUGGAAAGGGGAAAUCUUUGUCUUGAAAUUUCAUUUUAUUUUUAUUUUUUUGGGGUGUGGAAAAUGUAAAAUUGAAAAGGGAAAAGAGGGUGUAGAAAAAAAAAAAAAAAAAAAGCAAAAAAGGAUAAAGCUUUGCUUUAGUCCUCCACAUGAAGGGCAAAAUUUCAUGCCCAGAUUCAAAAUUUCUUUGUUUUUGUUUCCCCCAAUUAGUUUCUUUAGAAACAAUCUGUUGCAGGGGGGGAUUCAUAGUUUAAUCUGUGCUUUUUGCUAUUUCAGUAGUUCAUCCUCUUCUGCUGACAGAUCUUGGAUUGUUCAGAGACUAUUGUGCCUGCGGUUUCUGAUUCAUUCAUAUUAGCCAUGGUUGCCGAGUCUUGGCUGCGUAGUUUAUGGAAAACAACCAAGAAGCGUGGUGGGGGUUCUUCUGAGAAGCAGAUAAUUGGGGUUUUGGCCUUUGAAGUUGCAAGCUUGAUGUCCAAGAUGGUUCAUCUAUGGAAGUCUCUGUGUGAUAAGCAGGUUGCUAGUUUGAGGGAAGAGAUAAAGAAUUCUCCUGGGAUUAAAAAGCUGGUUUCAGAAGAUGAUGCCUAUAUUGCUAGGCUAAUUUGCAGUGAGAUGAUUGAGAAUUUGGGGAAUGUGGCAAUUGCAGUGGCUAGGCUUGCAAAGAAAUGCAAUGAUCCUCUCUUGAGGAGCUUUGAGCAGGCCUUCAAUGAUUUGCUCAAAAUCGGGAUUGAUCCGUACGGGUGGCAUCUCUCGUGGAAGAAGAUGGACAGGAAAGUUAAGAAGAUGGAACGGUUUGUUGUGAUCAAUUCCAAUUUGUACCAAGAAAUGGAAUCCCUCGCGGAUUUUGCACAGACGUUGCAGAGAAUGAAGUGUAACGAGGAUGCAGACAUUAUUAGUUUAGUCGAGUACGAGAAGAAGGUUUCAUGGAAGCAGCAGGAAGUGAAGCAUCUUAAAGAGGUCUCGGUUUGGAGCAGGAGUUAUGAUUAUGUCGUUCGCCUUCUGGCUCGAGCUGUGUUCACUAUAUAUUGUAGGAUUGGGCAUGUUUUUGGAGUUAAUCCUGUUGUUGGGGACCAGGAAAUGAGAGACUCGAAAGUUCUUGAAUCGGAUAACAUUCAUCGUAGCCAAUCGGUUGCAUAUACACAGUCAUCUGUUCAUCCAGCUGAAACCAGUCUUUCGAGAUUUUCCUCAGAACCAAUCGAGAGCCUUAUUACUAGGUCCGGUCCAAUUUCAAGAACACCAAAUAUAAGCACCUUUCAUUCAGGCCCUCUCAGAAAUUCGACUUCCACAGAGAGCCUGGCUCCCGGAGGGCACAAAGCUGUUAACUUUCACUCAGGUCCCCUCGAAAUGUCGAAGGCCAAGUCUAGUCAGACCACCAAAGUAAAUAAAUCUGCCUUUAAGUGGUGGCAUUCAGGAAACUUACAAGGAAAGAACCCGGUUUCAAAAUCCAAUAAGUUGAAUGGUUUUCCUAUGAGUAAUAGCUAUAUAAAUACAAACGGUGGCUAUUCUGGUCCUUCUGGAGAUCCGAGUGGUGCCAAACCUGUAGAGGGCAAUUCAGUUUAUGGUCAUAUGCCCAAUUUCAGCUCGAAAAAAAGUUUGAUGAAUGCCCCUCCCGAGACUCUCGGGGCUGCUGCUUUGGCGUUGCAUUAUGCCAACGUUAUCAUUGUGAUCGAGAAGCUCGUUUCGUCUCCUCACUUGAUAGGGCACGAUGCGAGAGAUGACCUGUACAAUAUGUUGCCCGCCAGCAUAAGAACGGCCCUCAGAGCAAAACUGAAACCGUAUGCUAAGAAACUGAGCUCAUCAGUAUGUGACAUGGCUCUUGCAGAAGAGUGGAACGAGGCAUUGACGGGAAUACUAGAGUGGCUUGCCCCGCUCGCCCAUAACAUGAUAAGAUGGCAGUCUGAAAGGAGCUUCGAGCACCAGAACUUUGUUUCGAGAACAAACGUUCUACUUGUACAGACUCUUUACUUUGCAAAUCAGCCGAAAAUCGAGGCAACAAUUGCCGAGCUCCUUGUUGGUUUGAACUACAUAUGGAGAUACGGUCGAGAGCUUAAUGCCAAAGCAAUCGAAGAAUGUGCCAGUGUUAGAACAUUUGACGAGUUCUUGGAAGAGUGACUGUAUCGAGACGUUAUUUCUUGUAUGGAUUGAUUUCGAAGCAGUUAAGUGAUGGCCUCUAUUUUCAGCAUCAGAAUAUUGUUUCAACUUUUCUUUUUUGCCACGCGAAUCUGGCAAUCAAUGCGUGAAUGAGUUUCAACUUUUCUUUUUUAUAGAUGUAGACUUAGUUUUGUGCUUGUUUCUGCUAGGCAAUAAUACAUAUAUACUCCAUAUAUGAGAUGCAAGUUGGGAACCUUGAUACAUAAUGUUAAAUGUUUGAGAGUUAUCUUUGUCGUUCUCAUCCCUUGUGCCAA